UCUGAUUGGCUUGUGUUUUGUUAGUGGGCGCGGCAUAGCACGUGCUGCACAGCGUUGCACGCUGUUGAACGGGCUCCACGCUUUACGAUCGAGCUGCGCCGAUCAGUGUUGAUUUUCUGUUGUCGGAAUUUUCAAUAUUAUUAAAAGUCAGCGAUUACGGUGCGACGUUUUGUGUUUCCGCAUAGCUCGCGACCCAGAUCGUGUCGCUCACUCCACGGGAUAGAUUCCGUUUCUGUCUCCGUCUGUGGAUCCAUUCUGGAUCUACCAUUAGAUGGUAGCAGAGCCGACAGCGGUUCUCUGAUUUGAUUUGUGUCAGGCAAAGUUGGCCUGUUAUUUGAUGUGGAACUCGACCAGUAAGGCACAGGUCCGUCCAACAGCAAAGCGCACACCACAAGCGGUGAACUGCCUCAUCUGACGCGGAUUUCCAGCUUCGGUUUUCGGUACGGUAUCUUCAGCGAAGAACCGUGCUGUUGCCCCAGCUGUGCAAGAGUGCAAGAUCUCAGUCGCCAGUGUUCCUCGGUGUAGAGUCUUCAGCGAAGACCUACACUGGUGUCAUUGGUACUCGGCAAGGAUUCAGCGAAUCCUAAGCCGUGGGGCAGAAGCGCCGAAACGCCGAAAGGGGCGUACGGAAAAGACCGAUCAGACUCCUCCAAACUGGAGUAGAGCGCCACCACUGUUGCUACGGCAGUCAGCCGGCACAGUAACUUGUUAAAAGCGUGCGGCACCACCGUUACGGUAAAACCGGCGGCAGCGCGGGAACGGAUAGUGGAAGAAGAAUCUGGAUCAUUUGGAUCAUUUCCCCGUGGAACGCGGAACGGACGGACGGUUAACAGGAGCGUCCAAGUUAUCCGAUCAAUAUGGACAAAGAACAAGAGGAACCGACAUCUACCAGCAGUCAGGGAAGCAGGAGCUCCCGAGGAUCACAACAAAGCGCAGUUGAUCCAUAUAAGAAGGAAUACAAGUCGCUCGCGCGUCCAGUCGGACAUGAUAGACAGACCCGAGCGGCUGUGACCUUUGCAAGAAAAGACAGCAAAGGCAGUGAUAGCACAUACCAAGUGGCGCUUGGAGCUACACAGAAUGAGGAGAGCUCCAGCGGUGACGGAAAGGAUACUCCCGCAUCUGCGGCGGGAAGUCAACCGAUGAUCCAGACAAAGGUCACUGGGGAGGAAAUGUCCACAGAAAAAGGAGCGGAACCAGUCGGAGCAUCACAGCUGGAUGCUACCAUUAGCGGAACGCAUGAGCAGGAUAAAAAUGUGAACCUGGCUCAAGUGGAAGAGAGAAACACAAAGGUCACCGAAGAGGGAUUGACUGAAUUGGGAUUGGAUGACCUUUCAUUGAAUGAGAAAGCGGCAGAUGAUGACCUUUUUGCAACUCCAAUGGUCUCAGAUGAAUCCAACGAGUCAUACUUCACAGAUGAUGACGCAACGAUGAAUAUGUCCUUUCAAACUGCAAUGAAAGAGGCUGACCGAGCAGAAGAAGUGACCCCGUUUAAGGAUAUCCCCGAACAUUUAAUUGACCGGACACAGAAUGGAAAGGUUAUCAAUGUACGACCACAGUCACCAAACAGUCCUACGUUAACUCUUAGGAGACGCGUAAGGGAGCUGGAAAAUGAACUUGAUGCCACUGAACGUCAUGCGGACAAGCGGAAACAGGAGUAUCGAGAUAGAUUAUCGACACUCGAAACUCGCUUAUUCGAAUUGGAACAGCAACAGGGUGACCUCCAGAGCUCCGCAGACGGUUGGAAAGUCAAAUACGAGCGACAAAAGGAAAUUGCAGAAGAGUACCUAAAGAUGGCAGAUGACAGAGAAAUGGAAGGUCAUCUCGCCGUCAGUGACCUUAAUGAAAGCAUGUCAGAGGAAUCAGCAGAAAGGUCACGGCACUUAGCGGAAUUGAAGGACGAGUGUGACCAGUUGCGUCAAAAGGUCACUGAAGCUGAAACUAAACGGGACGAGUACGCGACCAAAUUCGCAGAGAUCACACAACGGCUGACAACACUGGCAACGGAGACGUUCAAACUAAGGAAUGACUUGAAGCUACGGGAGGAGGCUGUCAGUACUCUGCAACUCGAAUCGAAAGGUCACCAGGAACGGGCUGACGAAGCUGAAAAGUCGCGCAAUGAGGCAAUCAAGGCGAUGCGAGAGGCAAGAGACAUUACAGCCACUGAAGGAGCACGCCUGAAAGAAGAAAUCAAAAG